AUGGCCUACAACGAUAGCAGCUCCUCGUCUCGUCGUCCUCGAACCUCUCCUUCCCCAAAGUCUAGCUCCGGCGGAUUUGGAAGGAUGUUCUCCUCUCUGAAGAGCAGGGCAGCCGCCCUUGUCUCUCCGUCUCCGUCUCCUGCUUUCCCCAGUAGCUCGUGUCAAGAUAGUGAUGUGAAAACCGCAUACUCCCAUUCUUCUUCGACUGUAGCUUCCCUUCGAAAACAUGGUCUUGCCAAUAACCCGCGACCGCCAGUCAUCCGAACCUCCCUCUCCUCGUUCCCACCCUCCUCGUCUUCGUCUUCCACUUCCAGUUCGCCAUCGCCAUCACCUACACCUUCUUCAUCCAAGCGUUACAACAUCCAUCCCGACAACGUAUCGCCUUCUCACAAGCUCCACGAUGAACAGAUAAUGCAUCUCCAAGAUCAGAUUUCUGUCCUUCAAUGUGCUGUAGGAUCUCAUCUUCAGAGAAUCUCUGUGAUCUCGGAAGAAGACGCCGCCAUUACAAUCUCGGCCUUGGAUCUACACGACUCAGAUUCGGAGUCGACGUAUUCAACGGACUCGGUGCUAUCAACGCCAAUGGACGUUUUCCAGCCAGCAAAACGAUCUUCGGUUCUGCUUGCGUUGUACCCCUCAUCCUCACGUCCAACAACCGCUGAAAAGAAGGAGCUGUACGAUCCUUUUGCGAAAGGCUCGAUACGGGUUGUCCCGGCUCUCCCAACCAUCCCUUCCAAAGGCGCUGUCGCCAAAUCCCGUCCUUCCUCGGGUGCUUUUGUCGUGUCCAAUGUACCUGUCUUCGAUCAGGUGAUCGAACACGAGCUCCUGCUCUCCCCGGAUGUUCCUUCACUACCUCCUUCGAUUGCCACUGAACCAGGAUCUCGAUCGUCGAAGCGAAGCAGCAUCGCCACCCUUGGCACAUCCUCUAAUCCUCCACCAGUCUCUGCUCUGCCCUUGUUGCCAACAGUGGAUGAUGAGCUGUAUAAAGAACGGAAUGGGAGGCAUCUCACCCGCAAGGUGAAGGCCUCGGAGAGUGACGCUGAGGCUGACGUCCCUCCCCCUCCCCCCAAGACAUCGAGAGAGCAAGCGACCAAGGAUUGGACCCUCACUCUGGGCGCCUUGGAGUACUACAUGGACAUGCACGACCCCAUCGACCGUCCGGCCCAUCCUGCUCCCCCAACUCUCCCCCCGAAGGAGGCCCAAGUCAGCUCAUACCUUGACAUGUCCACUUCUUCGAACGUAAACUCUGCUAGCGCAUCUAUCCGCAGCGCAAGGAGCCGAAGCAAGAGUCGGGGUAGGGGAGAGAAAAUAUCCCUUGCUACGACGCCCAUCACACAUUCGCCCCCUCUUCCUCAACCUGAGUUUGAUAGCUUUGUGUAUGAGAGCCCGAGGCCUGCGCCCUUGCCUCCGCCACUAUCGCUGACGGCAGCGCUGGCUUUACCGCCAUCUCCUGCGCCGUCUUCCCGUCGGACUACACCAUCGCCCGCACCGUCGUCCCACUCGUACGCUACCCCCUCUCUCUGCCCUUCCUCCCAUUCUAGCAUGAGGACUCGGGGGCACAGGCAGACGGCUAGCCAAUCCACUGUUACCUCCUCAAUGUCAUCAGCGACGGUCAGGAGUUACCAUAUGCCUUCUAACCACGCAUACGUUUACCCAGCAACCAACCAGCACCAGCACCAUCACCGUUCGCCGUCUCACCUUUCCAACAACUCUUCAAUCAUCUAUCCUACAUCUUCUACUACUACUCAAAAGAUUGGCAAGCGCACGAGUCGUCUUCUGAAUAUUUCGACUCGCAAAGAGAAGGAUGUCUCAACCUCGACGAGCGGAUGGUUUUAG